UUUGAGUACACACAGAUCUGUGACGUCACAAGGUGAACACAUAUACCGCGGGUACGCGAGUCAGCCAUAUUUAUUUACAUACAACUGAAGCGACCGAAUGAUUUUAUUUCGUGUUUGACAGUGGAUCUGGUGUAUAAUUUGUUUAAUUGGGGACAACAGAUAAUCGAGGACAACGUUGAGACUUUACGAGGUUUCGCAAUGAGCGAAAAUAGGAAACGAAGUGUAGGUAAGAGGUGUGUGGCAUACGGGUGUUCAACAAAGUACGGCGAUGGGUUUGCCCUUCAUUUAUUCCCUACUAAUGCCGAUCUGUGUAAGAUGUGGACAAAUUUUGUACAAAAGAAAAGAGACAAGUGGGACGGUCCAACAACGUACUCGGCUCUGUGUGAAAAACACUUCGAAGAUGGGUCAUAUCCUAUGAAAUACGCCAUUCUUCGAUCCAUGGGUCAAACUCCCCCCAAGAAGAAGGUUCUCAAUGCCGACGCUAUCCCCACCAUACAGACGGCAGUUCAAGCUGAGCCCAUGGAUGAUGUAUCCCAACUUGCGUCCCCACUGUUUGCGUCAACACCAAAACCAAAAAAGCCCAGAUCCGCCUUCAUGAAACGUCAAAACAGAAGGAUCAUCAAUGAGAUAUUGAUUGAUGGCCAGACAAAAGACAUCAGUGGCGAGGAACCCAUGGACACCGACCAAGAUGACACUACCCCUACAGUUUUGGAGACACCAACAGUACAGAAUGGCAGCUGUAUUAGCAUCAGUACUACUAGGACAUGCGGGACACAACUGGCUUUCAAAAAGCCCUGUGCAAGAACUGUACGAGUACAAGUUACGCCAUUAACUAAAGAAAAGGGAUGUCAAACUACCAAUAAACCAAAGAUGAAAAAUGUUGAGGUACAGUGCAACAUCCUGAAGCCAGCCAAAGACAAACUCAACACCUCUGUGACAUCAGAUGAGCUGGACCAAUCAUGGAUAUCGUCAGCCCAUGGAAAUGAAGCAGAUGACUCGGACUACCAGCCUUCAGAGUGUGAGUCGGAUGUUGGCUCAGAAUGCUUGAAUGAUGAUGACAGGACUCGGAAAGAAGACAGACUAUACCUUGUCAGUGAACAGAGUUUGAUGAGCUUGUUCCAGGUUUGUCCACAGUGCUCAUCACCCUCCCUGGGGAACAUAAUAAACAAUGUUGGGACUCUUAUAAAAGUCGAACAGGACUGUGGUGUUUGUGGACACAGUAGGUUGUGGAAUAGCCAGCCACUGGUAGGGAGUAUUCCUCUGGGGAACCUGAAGCUUUCAUGUGGGAUUCUUUUCUCUGGUUCCCUUCCAGCCAAGACCCUUAGGAUAUUUGACUUUAUGAAUUGUCCAGCCAUUUCCAAGGAAACUUUCAUAAAGCACCAGAGGAACUACUUGCAGCCUGCAAUUGUGGAUUUGUGGAAGGAGCGACAGAGGAUGUAUCUUGAAGAAAUACAAAGAAACAACCGUCCCAUAUGUAUUGGUGGAGAUGGUCGUUGUGACACACCGGGCCACUCAGCAAAGUUUGGCAGCUACUCAGUCAUGGACUUGGACCAAGGACAGGUCAUUGAUGUGCAGUUAGUGCAGAGUAAUGAAGUGAAGAGUAGCUGUCAUAUGGAAAAAGAGGGACUGUCACGCAGCAUUGCUUUCCUACAAGAUCAUGACAUCGACAUCCACACCAUUGUCACUGACCGCCAUGUUCAAAUUAGAAAGUGGGUGAGAGAGAACAUGACCGACACCAAACACUGUGUAGAUGUGUGGCAUGUAGCUAAAGGACUUAAGAAGAAAGUGUUGGCCUUGUCAAAGGAGAAAGAUUGUGGAGAGCUGAGCACCUGGAUCAGAAGUAUUACCAACCAUCUAUACUGGGUGGCAGCAUCCACACCAGAUGCAGAUAAAGAUUUGAUGAUGGAAAAAUGGCAGUCACUUGGAAACCAUAUACAAAACAUCCAUGAGGGCCAUGGUAAGAAGUUUCCCAAGUGCCUGCAUCCUGACCUCACUGGACUGGAACGAAGAAAACGAUGGCUGAAGCCAGGCACAAAGAGCUUGGAGAAAUUGCUGCCUAUCCUGGACAACCGACAGAUGAAGAUGGAUAUUCCGAUGCUUUCGACCAACCAACAGACAUCAGAGUUGGAAGGAUAUCACUCUGUCAUCAACCACUUCGCACCAAAAAUGCAUGGCUUCUCCUAUUAUGGGAUGGUAUGCAGACUUCUACUCGGUGCCCUUCAUUACAAUGAAAAUGGAGGCAGGGACCCAGCAGUCACCAAAGAUGGUAACACUUGUUACAACAUUGUGUAUCCCAAACACAAGAAAGGAGAAUACACAGUCCGUGAAGUGAAAAUGGAGCCAACUUUCGAUUACGUUCAAGAGCUGCUACAAAUAACAGUCAACAAGGCAACAAACACCAGAAUGACUAAAACACAAGAUGUCCUGAUGGAUGCACCUCCAGCACUAUGCAGCACCUUUGAACGGCCUUCAAAACUAGAAGCUGUGUCAUCAGUCCAAUCCCGUUUCGCUUGAAACUAGUCAUUCACAAAACCAUACUUUUCAUUCAGUCUCCAUAAUUGAAACCCCUCAAUUCUUCACCAUCACCAGGCGGGAAUGUCUGUCGUAUGAGAUUUACAGCACAUGCUGGAAGUGGGACUCGUACAUUUCGCCCCAGAAAACCCCAGCACCAUCGGACAAACUGUCGGUAGGCAGUGUAGCGGUUUCGCCUGAAAAAAGAUAAACAAGAAAUACAGAUGCAUUGUCAUGUUUUCAUUUUGGUAUUAUAAAUUAUAAUAAAUUAUAAUUCACAGGUGUCUUUCAGUCUCAGCACUUGAACUUGUUUGGUAUUCUUACUGCAAAAGUCCAAUAAUAGAUGAGGUUUUAUAAGGGGAAAAACAAACAAAUUGUCAGAUAAUCACAAAUCUCUGUAUGAUAUUUCACAUCAUAUACAUGUAACAUUCAAUGGAUAGCUAUUACUUACGCUGGACCAUCGGGUAUGUUGCCAUUAUGGUACUGUCUAAAGGCUUGAUAUGCUGUACGCAACACAUACACAUCUAGGCAAACAGAAGGAAAUCCAGGGUGCUGUGUGAUGCAGUUCAGGUGUGGAAACUCAUUCUUGAUGUGUUGGAUCUGUGCAAUUUCAGUGCAACAAAUACUUUCAGGGACUGUUGGCAUCUCUCGACAGUUUUCACAUUUGCACCUGUAAAAUAGUCAUUCUGAAUUAUGUUUAACGCAUAAGCAUUGUUAGAGAUUGUUAUUGGAAAUUGCAUUUGUUAUUGAAAGUUGUUUGGUAUUGAAAGUUAUAUUUGUUACAGAGUAGUUCUACUCUAAAACCAAAUAAAUUCCCAGAAAUACUGAUUUUUUGGAUUGCCCUUAUUUUUUUUAUUAGAUAUUCUAGGUGUUAUUUCAUGUGUUCAUCACAUCAGUCAAAGGAUAUUUUGU